AUGAGAAAAUGGGUAGUUAUUUAUCUCCUUCUCUCCACAUAUGAGGUCAGUGCUUCGGAGCCUUCCUCUUCCUCAUUCUCUUCUCAUCUCGCCGGUCUGUCGUCACUAGGAACACCAGCCGCCGCCCAGAAUACCAGCCGAUGCUGCCCUACCCACCGCAAACGUCUGAGCACCCCCUUCGCACACGUUGCGUCAUUCACGCAGCCCCCUACACGCCGGCCGUGCAGCCCCCAGCCGGUGGGUUUCACCGUCCCAGAAUCUUUAUCCGCGACAUACAGAAGACAGAUGGAAGCUAGGGCGGCGGUGGCAGGACGCGACCCACAAGCUGUGUACCGAUGCGGGAGAGAGCAGCGAGCCAAGCACCAGGGAUGCGCGACCGAAACGAGGAAGGCCUGCCUCGACGCGGGCUGCCGGCGGAUGACACAGAGACCCGCGAUGGGAAAGAGACGUCUGUCCGACCUGUUGGCUGCCGGCGAUAGAGACAGACGCGCGCGAGAGAGGCGGGUGGACUGAGGCCAAAGCUGAACGCCGCUGAGGGUUGGAUGGUUAGUGAAGAAUGUCGGAGUGGCUGCCGUCUGGGGAGGAAGAAGGAUUUGGGGUGAAAACGGUUUGUAAUUAAGGUUUGGAUGGUUGUUUUGUGAAAUAACUGAAAGGAAAGUUCUAGAUUUAGGGUAAUUUGUGGAAUGGUGUUCACUUUUUACUUCGAUUGGGUUAAAUAACUAAUUCAUUAUUCACA